GACGUAGAAAAACCCAUCUCUCCUCUUUCAGCAUUAGGGAAGUCCACAUUUCUCUUUACCUUCAAACAGUUGAUUUCUGGACUUCGAAGUUCUUUUGCUCGUGUCCGGUUUUAGCUCUUCAAUUAGUGAAUUCAAUACACUCGGUAACUGUGAAUAAUCCACCUGGAUUGUACAGGGAGAUCAAAGGUGUGGAAGUUUAAAGAAGGUUAAAGAUUUGACAAGAAAUGGCGAACAGUGCGGUGGAUUGUGCUGAGAGGGCCACAAGCGACAUGCUGAUUGGUCCUGACUGGGCAAUUAACAUCGAGCUGUGUGAUAUCAUUAACAUGAACCCUGGGCAAGCGAAAGAUGCACUCAAGAUCAUCAAGAAACGUCUUGGGAGUAAAAAUCCUAAAAUACAACUCCUUGCCUUAUUUGUACUUGAGACUCUAAGUAAAAAUUGUGGAGAGAAUGUAUUUCAGCAGAUUGUGGAGCGGGACAUUUUGCAUGACAUGGUGAAAGUUGUCAAGAAAAAGCCAGAUUUGAAUGUGAGAGAAAAGAUCUUAAUUUUGAUAGAUACAUGGCAAGAAGCUUUGGGGGGGCCACAAGCAAGGUUUCCACAAUACCAUGCUGCCUUUAACGAGCUGAAGGCUUUUGGUGUUGAAUUUCCUCCCCGUGAGGCAAAUAGCGUACCUUUAUUUACUCCACCGCAGACCCAUCCGAUUGUUCACCCUGAAGCUUCAGCUUAUGAAGAAACUGCAGUCCAGCUCUCUCUUGAAUCUGAUCAAUCUGGACUUAGUGUGCUGGAGAUUCAAACAGCUCAGGGUUUAGCAGAUGUUUUGAUGGAGAUGCUUAGCGCCUUGGAUCCUAAGAACCCUCUGGGUGUAAAAGAAGAAGUGAUUGUGGACCUUGUGGAACAGUGUUGUUCUUACCAAAAACGUGUCAUGGUUCUUGUGAACAACACUCAAGAUGAGGAGCUUCUUUGCAAGGGGUUGGCACUUAAUGACAAUUUACAACGGGUUCUCCGUCGUCAUGAUGAUAUUGCCACAGGAACCUCCUCUGCUACGUUUGCAACAAAAGAAACCCCUGUUGCACCCCUCAUGAAUGCGAAUAAUGAGGAGGAAGAGUCCGAAGAUGAUUUUGCUCAAUUAGCCCGCAGGUCUUCGAGGGAUACAUCACAAGUACAAGGUCGGAAUCCCAUUGAUGUGAAAUAUGCACCAGUUCGGAUCGGUAAAAUUCUUCCUCCACCAUCAUCGAGGAACCCUCUUACUUCUACUGAUGCUGGAGUGAUUGAUUACCUAAGUGGCGACACAUAUCAGUCCGAAAGAGCAUCUGGGAAUUCAGGAUCUGCACCAACUGCUGCUGCUCCUACCAAUCAAAAUGAUCCAAUCCCGCCACCACCUAUCAAAUCAAGUCCAAAGCUGUCUUCAUUUCCCCCUUCGGAUGAUCUAAUCAAUCCCACUGCAGAUGAUUUCAUCAAUCCCACUGCAACAGAUGAUUUCAUCAACCCCACCGCGGAUGAUCUCAUCAAUCCCACAGCAUCCAUGUUUGCUCCGAAAUCUGACCACAGUGGUUUAGAUCCACUGCCCAAAUCCACAGAUCACUUGCCUCAAGCUUCUCCGAAAGCCCCCCUUGCCGCCAACCUCCCACCACCACCUUCCAGAUAUAACCAGAGGCAACACUAUUUUGAACAGCAGCAUCUAUAUUCUGGCAGUGCUUCUGAUUCCAGUAAGGGGUCGACCUCUUAUGAAAGCUUAGUUGGGCAGGCAAAGAAUCUCUCAAUUAAUCCACCGAACCCAACCAAGCAAGAAAAAGAGGAGGAUGUGCUCUUCAAAGAUCUGGUAGACUUCGCAAAAGCCAAGUCCUCCUCGUCAAAACCCAGUAAUAGAUCUUGAGCGACUAUAUAAUGGGCAUACGAGAAUGAAUGACAUUUGAGUGGAUUCCCCGCCAGCAUCCACAUCUUCCUGGCGGUGGCAAUCAAGCACCUCCUCUUGAUUGGCCAGCUCCUGCUCCUGCCAAUGGAAAUCCGGCUCAAGAAGGUAUUCCACUCAGCAUCAGGAGGAGUUGCUUGAUUGCCAGUGCCAGGAAAAUCUGGAUGCUGGCGGGGAAUCCACUCAGAUGUAGAGCCUUUGUUUUGCUUGUUGUUAUGGAAUGCUAUUGGUUUGUAAUUAGUAUUUAGCUUGUGGUUUAUGAGUGUUUUCUUUGAUUAGAUUGUGAAAAAAAACCCUAUGAUACGGUCAAGAGUGCGUGUAAAACGGGCAGGCUACAAGGCCCUUGUACUCUAGAGUUUGAGUUUUAGCGUUCAAUUCACCGAAAGUCGGUGCAAAAAAUGGCAUUAACCAAAAAUACCGGGAAGGUGGAGAAAUAUAUGGCUGACAAGAUA